AUGAAUUCAACAAUUAUUCGUGUAUGUACAUUUAAUUUACGUCGUGAUGGUAUGGAUCGUGGUACACCGAAUGAUUGGGGUAAAAGACGGCCAAUUAUGAAAGAAUGUCUUGAAAAAAUGCAACCAAAAAUAAUUGGAACACAAGAAGGCACUGUAUCACAAUUAAAUAAUAUUUUAGAUGAUCUUAAUGAAUCAGCAAAAUGUUGGUCAUGGGUAGGUAAAGAAGCUGAUGAAUUACAUGCAAUAAAUGCUAUAUUUUAUCGUCAUGAUUUAUUUUCAUUUAUUUCAUCUGAAACAUUUUGGUUUAACGAAUAUCGAACAAAAUUAGGUCCUGCUUGGGGUUCAAAACAUUCAUCUGCUUGUACAUGGGCACAUCUUGAAUAUAUAACAACAAAACAACCAUUUAUUAUAUUUAAUGUUCAUUUAGAAUAUCCAUCACCAAAUACACGUCAUCAUUCCAUACCUAUUCUUCUUUCGGAAAUAAAAAAAAAUUAUAAUGUUAAUCAAGUUAUUGUAACUGGAGAUUUUAAUAAUUGGCCUGAAGAAGUUGAAGGUACAACACCUGUUCAACAACUUAUUAUUUUAGGACAAAAUGCAUCAGAAAUUCAACAAAUGAAACAAGCCGGUUUUAUUGAUACAUAUCAACAUGGUGAAGUACCAACAUUUAAUGGUUUUCGAUCAGCUGGUUAUGGUCCAAAAAUAGAUUUUAUUUGGAUAACAUUGAAUAGUAUUUAUCGUGUUCAUGGUGAAACUAAAAUUGAUGAUUAUCAUGAUCAAGAUGGAUUUUUUCCAUCAGAUCAUUUUCCUGUUUAUGCUGAUUUAAUUGUAACUGUAUAA